ACAGGUGGGCCUCUACCUGCUGAGGCCAGCCUCCUUCUCAUCCAGUCGCCAGUUUCCUCGUUCCUGUCGCCAGAUCUCCUCCAGGUGUCUCUCUCCUCAGAACCGAGUCACCUCCUCCAGUCUGAACCGUUUAAACCGGUACCGACACCCAGAGUUACAAACCAACUCAAAAAAACCUCUUUUAUUGAGUUCCUGCAGCUGGAGGACAGAGACACCUGUCGCUGCUCACCUGUCGCUGCUCACCUGUCGUCGCCAUGUCAGCGCGCAGGUAAUGGAGCGCGAGACUCACCAAGAAGAAGAAGAAGAAGAAGAAACCAACAACAUCAGGAGGACACUUUAAUUAACACAACAUGGACUUACUGGAUUCAGGACAGAAGUUCAACCCCAGACAGAACCAGGACUGGGACACCGCCCUCCAGUUCCUGCCGGCCUCAGACACCAAGCGGCUGGAGAAGAAACCGGGCCGCAGGAAGAAGCUGUGGAUCGGAGUCGGCCUGGUGCUGGCGGCUGCUGCUGUGGCUCUGCUCAGUGGACUGCUGGUCUGGCACUUCCACUUACGCAGUGACGUCAGAGUGAAGAAGCUUUACAUCGGCUCCAUGGAGAUCAAUAACGAGAAGUUCCUGCCGGCGUAUGAAGAUCCCAGCAGUCCCAAGUUUACUCAACUGGCCUCUCUGGUCAGCAGACAGCUGAAACUGAUUUACUCCAAAAACUCUGUGCUGGCCAAAGCCUUUAAAGGCUCCACGGUGCAGGCCUUCAGCGAGGGAGACGGCGGCGGGGACGGCGUCGUGGCGUAUUACCAGUCCGAGUUCGACGUCCACGUCCUCCAGGAGGAUUCGCUGGACGAAGCCAUCGAGUCUCUGGAGCCGGCGGCAGGAAGUCAGCAGGGUCGACAGCAGGGUCGCCUGCUGCUGAAACCCGCCGACGCUCUCAGCGUCAACAACGUCGUCUCACGAGCUAUGGACCCACGCAUGGCCAGGAAGACUUUAUACGUAAAGAAGUCAUUCAACAUCCACGUCAGCAAAGCGGGGAUCGUCCGGUCUCCGGGGUUCCCCGACUCCUCGUACCCGCCCAACGUCUACCUGCAGUGGAGGCUGAGGGCCGACCCGGGCCACCGAGUACACCUGGAAUUCCACACUCUGAUCCUGGAGGACGACUGUCAGCAGGACUUCAUCCAGAUCUACGACUCGCUGGCUCCCAUAGAGCACCGCGUCCUCACAGAACAGUGCGGAUACCCUCAUGACUCGCUGUCCUUCCUGUCCUCUGGAAACGUCCUCUUGCUGACUCUGAUCACCAGCGAGGAGAAGAACUUCCCCGGCUUCAGAGCCAACUACUCCCAGAUCCCUGUGACAAAAGAGUGUGGAGGAGCGCUGACUGGAGACAAAGGCUUCUUCUCUUCACCUUUCUUCCCCUCCAACUAUCCUCCGAGAACCGAGUGUGUCUGGAACAUCGAGGCCCCAAAGGAAAAGUUUGUGAAGGUUCAGUUCAACAAGUUCUUCUUGGGGAACUUAAGCAGCCAGUGUCUCGGUGACUAUGUUGAGGUCAACGAUCAAAGACUGUGUGGCAGUAAACCAAAAAGCACCGUGAUCACCAGCCAAAGCAACAAGAUGACCAUCAAAUUUAUCUCGGACUCGUCCUUCGUUUACCAGGGCUUCACCGCCGAGUACGAAACCUUUGUCCCGACUAAUCCGUGUCCUGGAAGGUACCAGUGCACCAACAACCUGUGCAUCAACAAGACUCUGCAGUGUGACGGCUGGAACGACUGUGGAGACGGCAGCGACGAGGACCACUGCAAGUGCGAGGCGUCUCAGAUGAAGUGUAAAAACGGCCGCUGUAAACCGAAGUUCUGGGAGUGCGACGGGUUUGACGACUGUGGAGACAACACGGAUGAGGAAAGCUGUGUAAAAUGCAAACCAGGAGAGUUUUCCUGCAGAAACAGCCGCUGCAUUCCAGAGAAGCUGAAGUGUAACGGAAAAGACGACUGCUCCGACGGAUCGGAUGAGUCCACAUGUGAAAAAUCUCUGGUGUUGCAGCAGUGUUCAGAGUUCACGUUCCGCUGUAGGAACGGACGCUGCAUCAGUAAACUGAACCCAGAGUGUGACGGCGAGCAGGACUGUGAGGACGGAUCUGAUGAGGCCGACUGCCACUGCGGGGUGAGGCCGUACCGGAGCUCUCGUAUCGUUGGCGGUCAGACGUCCCGGGAGGGGGAGUGGCCCUGGCAGGUCAGCCUCCACAUCAGGGGAACGGGUCACGUGUGUGGAGGGUCGGUGUUGAGCAACCGCUGGCUGCUGACCGCCGCUCACUGCGUCCAGGACAACGGACCAAACAAGUACUCCCAGGCGGACCAAUGGGAGGCCCUGCUGGGUCUGCAUGUGCAGAGUCAGACCAACGAGUGGACGGUGAGGAGGAACCUGAAGCGGAUCAUCGCUCACCAGGACUACAACCCCUUCACCUACGACAACGACAUUGCUGUGAUGGAGCUGGACGCCAACGUCACCCUCAACCAGAACAUCUGGCCCAUCUGUCUGCCCUCCGCCACCUACGACUUCCCAGCAGGCCAAGAGGCGUGGAUCACUGGCUGGGGCGCCACCAGAGAGGGAGGCUUCGCUGCAACCAUCCUGCAGAAGGCGGAGGUUCGGAUCAUCAACAGCACGGUGUGUAAGAGUGUGAUGGACGACGCGGUCACUGACAGGAUGCUGUGUGCCGGGGUCCUCAAAGGAGGCGUCGACGCCUGUCAGGGCGACUCCGGCGGGCCGCUCUCCGUCACCGGGCCCAGUGGGCGGGUCUUCCUGGCCGGCGUGGUGAGCUGGGGCGACGGCUGUGCUCGCAGGAACAAACCCGGCGUCUACACCCGGAUCACCAAAUACCGCAGCUGGAUAAAGGAGAGGACGGGGGUGUAGCAGCAGAGCGGUGGACGGCUUCUCUGGACGACGGACUCAGAGCUGUGCAGUCUCACUCUCUGGUGCUGGUGUGAACAAGUUAAACAGGAUCAACGGGUGAACUUAUAAACCCUGAACUCUCACAACGAAAGUUAGACAACUGAAAUGAUCCUGUUUAAUCUCAUCAGCUAACUCGCUUUUUUAAAACUUCUUUAAACACAUUUAGAGGGUUCAUUUGUUUUUCUCAACCCUUAAUUUGAAAUCAAGGCAACACAAGAGAGUAGAGCUGUAACCGUCCAUCUUUAUGGAGUUUUAUCCAAAGUUUUUCAACUCUCAACAACCAGAAAAAAACACCAAACGUGCAGCGCUCAGCGCAGAAUCGACGCUCAGCACCUCGUCACACUGCUGCCUUUUGUAGCAAAGUGUAAAAAUGUGGCGCUCACAUUGCAAAGAAUUAAAAAAUGAAAAAACGUGAACAUAGCGGUCGUGGCGGUGCUUGCCAUCCCCUGUGGUUGGUUUGUCAAUAUUGCGGUUAUUGCAGCUGCCCUACUCAAAUGAAUAGCAGAUCAUAUGAUUAAAGUCAUGAUUGGCUGCUAUGUUACCAUGGCUACAGACAACACUUUUUACUGUAGCUUAAUAAUACUUAAAACAUAUUCCAACCUUGAAAUAAAACAAUACAUCAAAUUGUUAUGACAAAUUCCCAGAGUUCAGUAAUACAUCUUACACAAUGGUACUUUAACCAUAUUUUAUGAAACUGGCUCAGAUUUAACACAGUUAUUGAUAAAUGCAAUUGAUUUAUCAUUUAUUGAAUCUCUAAUUGGUUUAGUCUUUUAGUCCAAUAAUGUUUUUAUGUUGCUCAUACUGUAGUUGUUGUUUAUCUUAUUGUACAGCCUGUUUUAUUGUGAUGAAUAGAAGUAGAAGAUAUUUUACUCUUUACUGUGAUACAGCAAUAGAUUUAGAUGAUGUAUCACUAAUUAGCAUGUCGUCAUCUGAAAUAUAAAUAGAUUGUCUUUCUCUAUUGGUGCCCAUAAAACACAAAGAAAAAUGUAUUCAUGCUUGUGACGUCUUGGUGCAUGCAACUAACCGGCAACAGGAAGCUCUUCUGCAGAUGUGAUGCGGAGGCGGUGUUAUUGUGAUGCUGUGACAUCCGUUGUAGAAGAACUGAAAACAUAUCCAUGUAAUAACAAGUUCUUAUCUGAUCCUGAUACUUGGUUCCUCAGCAGCAAAUUUACCCAGAAAAAAACAUAUAAAGAACCUCAAAAACACUGUCAGGUUUCAUGAAACGUUCAUGAAGGAGCUCCUCGGGGAACCAUCUUGGAUCCUCUAUGGAUUCCCACAACGCACGCUAAAUAACAGAGUUCAUCUGGCUUUAUUACCACGUCAUCGAUAUUUAAUAGAACAACAGAGCUCCAGAAUAUUUGAAGGAACCCUUAAAAGUUCCUGAAAGCUCCCUUACACACCCGGUUGCUCUCCAAUAAGUGCUUUACAGCACAAAACAAACAGAACAAAAACUUUGAAAGUUGGAAAAAGUUUAGCUAAAAAUCCUUAAAACUGUUUUCAAUAAACUGGUUAGAUAUCGGACUGGACCUUGGUGUUAGACAAUAAUCAAUAGUUAGUGAGGUGAAUCAGUUUUAACACUCGAAACAUGAUUGCCUUUAAAAAAAGUGUUGUAUUUGUACAAUUUAUUAGGCUACCUGAGACUGCUUUGGUUACAUUUCUUGUUUUUGUAUUCGUGUUUUGCACUCUUUUCUGAUGAAUGUAUUUAUUUGUACAGUGUUUCCUCAUUCAUCUGUAUUUGCUUUUAUCCCAGUUAUAAUUUUAGUUUGUGUUGCAGGAUUAUUAACAGCUUUAAAAAUAUAUAUAAUUCAAAGGAUGACCCUUAGUUGCAGUAUGAAAGAAUUGUUCAAUUUAAACUUAUUUAAAUUUUCUCAGCACUGUGGAAGGAAUACAGAGGAAACUGUAGGAUGUUGUAGUUUAGUUUUGUAGGAUGAUUUAAAUUAAUUUUAAGAUAAAACAGGUGUAGGUAAUCAUGAAUAUACAGGACUCACUAAUUUGUAUAGUACAGAAAUAUAGAAAUGUUCUUGUUAUUUUGGUGGAUUUUAAUGUUUCCCUCUUGAGGGUAACUGACAAAUCUCAAGCAAUAAAAAACAUUCAUAAACAAAAUGUAAACAUUAACACAUUUUUGUGUUUCUUUGAAUAAAUGUAAAAUGAACUGA